UGGCUGCUCCUCUUGGGCUUUUUUUGUAGUGUGAUCCCAGCCCAGUCAAGAACAGUGGAAGCCACUUCAUCUUCCAGUGAAACUCUACACUUUCCUCCCUGGAUGUUCCCUCCCACUCCUUCCACCCAUCCACAAGGUUGCAGAAGCUCACCUCAAAACAUUUUUGUCUUCAGUGUACACUGGAUUGGCACCCUGGAUUGGAAGACGUCUCCAUCCUGUUUCUGGUUCCUGCAGGGGGACGUUUUGGACUUGUUGUGACCCGAUGAUGAUGCUGCUGUGGUUCUGACUCAGGGAGUGAACACGGAGGCCACAGAGAGGAAUUCGCUGCCAGGAACGCUGCGUGACAAGCCAGAUCUCCUAUCACAGUAAAUGAGAGGCAGCAGACACUGCUGGAGUCUGCUCCUCACAGCAAUCCUCCGUCUCUACAGGAGGGCCGCCUUCCACUUUACUCUCCCUGCAGCAGGAGACCUUUUGAAGACCUGAAAACUUGAUGGUGGUAGUCAGAUAAUCAAGCCAGACCAAAGCCGAGGCUGAGAUGGAAUUACGACUGGGAUUUCGACUCAGUCUGAUGUGCUUCAUCUUAGCCUUCACUUUUUCCCAGCAGAGAGUUGAAGCACAGAGAGCAGGGUGCAAAAAUGUUCACUAUGACUUGGCUUUUAUUCUUGACACUUCAUCCAGCGUGGGGAAGGACAACUUUGAGAAGAUACGGAAGUGGGUUGCCGACUUGGUGGAUUCUUUCGACGUGUCUCCUGAUAAGACAAGAGUUGCAGUGGUUCUUUACAGCGACAGACCCACCAUUGAGUUUAACCUGAGCCGACACAAAACACUAGAAGACGUCAAACGAGCUGCCCGAAACAUUCGCUUCCUGGGAGGAAAUACGAUGACUGGAGAUGCUAUCAGCUACACCACCAGAAACAUCUUCGCCGAGAGGAACGGGGCGAGGCCUCAAGCCAAAGGUGUUCAGAGGGUGGCCAUCCUGCUGACGGACGGUCGAAGCCAGGAUUACGUUCUGGAGCCCUCUCAGGAAGCUGCAAAGGCCGGAAUCCGGAUGUUUGCCGUGGGUAUCGGGGAGGCUCUGAAAGAAGAGCUGGAAGAGAUCGCAGCGGCGCCAAAAAAUGCACAUGUCUUUCACGUGACCGACUUCAACGCCAUCGACAAAAUCAGAGGCAGGCUGAGGAGGCGGCUGUGUGAGAAUGUUCUGUGUCCAAAAAUGAAGGUCCAGCCUGAUCGUUUCAAGCCCAACAGCACCAGCUAUGGUCUGAAAGAAGUUCCAGGGUUCGACCUGAUGGAGUAUUUCAGCGUGACGGACAUUCUGGGAGGCAGAAUUGAUGAUGGGCAAAGUUUAUAUGUUCGUCUGGGGACCAUGCCGAUGGUCCAACAAACAGAAGACGUGUUUCCUCAGGGGCUGCCAGACGAAUAUGCCUUUGUGACGACAUUCAAAUUCAGAAAAACCUCCAGACGAGAAGAUUGGUACCUUUGGCAGAUUUAUGAUAAAUAUGGAAUCCCACAGGUGUCCAUUCGUCUGGACGGCGAGAACAAGGCGGUGGAGUACAAUGCUGUGGGGCUGACAAAAGAUGCUGUCAGAGCUGUGUUCAAAAACCCUGAAGUUGACAACUUGUUUGACCGCGAUUGGCAUAAAAUUGCUCUUAGCGUAGAGGCCAAGUCUGUCUCUCUGUAUCUGGACUGCAAACACAUCCAGACUCUGCCCAUUGAAGACAGAGAAGACAUAGAUAUCCACGGGAAGACUGUAAUUGGCAAGCGAGUGUACGACAGUGUGCCGAUUGAUUUUGACCUCCAGAGGAUGAUGAUUUACUGUGAUUCCAAGCAUGCAGAGCUGGAAACCUGUUGCGAUAUUCCCAAAGCACCAUGCCACAAUACUAUCGUGACGGAGGCCCCCCCUGUGGAAAUCCUCACUCCAACACCUACCGCUGCAGAGCAGAAAAAGCCCCCUGAUGUGAACUGCUCCUCUUGCUCCUCAGGGGAGAAGGGAGACAUUGGUGCCCCUGGUGUUGCAGGCCCAAAGGGUGAAAAGGGAGACAGUGGCCCUAAAGGUGCCGCCGGACCAGCUGGUGCCAAAGGGGAAAAAGGAGAUUCUGGCAGAUUGGGCUCUGUCAAAGGUGACAGAGGCGAGAAGGGUGAUAGAGGCAGUGUAGGGCUGCCAGGUCCUCCUGGACUGAAAGGAGAGAAGGGUGUUGGUGGGAUUCCUGGUAUUGAUGGAUUAUCGGGUGACAAAGGAGACAGAGGAGAAGCAGGCCCUCCAGGUGUUCCAGGGGAGCCCGGUGAAACAGGAGAGAAGGGAAUCCAAGGAGAUACAGGAGUUCCUGGUCUACCUGGACCAAAAGGUGUUACUGGGGAUUCUGGUACCAAAGGAGAAAGUGGAGCUCCAGGAACAAGGGGUGAGGCAGGAUUAGAUGGAUUUCCAGGAAAACCUGGACUUCCUGGAAAAGAUGGUCUGCGAGGUCUAGCUGGAGCUCCUGGGCCAAAUGGAAUCAAAGGUGAUAAGGGGGAGAGAGGCCUUCCAGGAUUACCUGGGGAUGUUAUACAGAAAGAAGGCCUAAGAGGGGAAAAGGGGGAUGCUGGACCUCCUGGCCCUCCAGGAGCAGUGGGCCCCCCAGGACCUGCUGGUCCUCCUGGUCCACAAGGUCUUCCUGGGGAGCAUGGAGAUCCUGGUCAGGGGGGAAAGAAAGGUGAAAGUGGACUGCCUGGAGUAGACGGUCUGCCUGGACCACAGGGUCCUAAUGGACCGCCGGGGCCACAAGGAAUCCAAGGCCCACCGGGACCGUCUGGUCUUCCUGGGGAGCGGGGAUUUUCAGGGAAACAAGGAGAACCAGGAAAACCUGGCCUUCCUGGUAAAGAUGGUCUGGACGGUCUGGCUGGAAGGGACGGGUCUCCGGGGCUGCAAGGAGAGCGAGGGGCAGAUGGUUUCCCUGGCAAACCUGGACCAAAGGGGGACGAGGGGCCUCCAGGGCCAAGAGGUCCUCCAGGAGAGAGAGGGGAAGCCGGGACCCCUGGCCGGCCCGGAGGUGAAGGUGUGAGGGGAGAAAGGGGGACUCCGGGAGACAGGGGUCUGCAGGGACCCAUCGGGCCCAAAGGGGAUAAGGGUGACCAGGGUGAAGUGGGACCGAGGGGGCCGCCUGGGAUCCCAGGAAACGUGGAGAACGUCAUCCCAGAGCCAGGGGAACCUGGAAAACCCGGAGAGAAAGGGGAGAAAGGGGACCAGGGAAAACCAGGAGAGCCGGGUCAAAGCGGAUUACCUGGAGAACAAGGCUUCAAGGGAGCACCUGGAGCCGUGGGUCCAAAGGGGGAUCAAGGAUUACCUGGAGAACCUGGUCGUGUUGGAGACCCUGGUCCACCUGGAGUGGCCGGGACUCAGGGUCCACGGGGACCUCCAGGGAAUGUGGGCAUCCCUGGGAUCAUCGGGCCCCCCGGCCCAGCUGGCCAAAGAGGAGACAAGGGGGAACCAGGUAAACCAGGACAAUCCGGUCCCCAGGGACCACCUGGUGAACCAGGCAUGACUGGACCCCCAGGACCACCAGGGAGGGGAAAAGACGGUCUGAAUGGAGAUCCGGGACAACAGGGGGUUCAGGGCCCCCCAGGACCAAAGGGCCCUCCAGGGCCUCGCGGACAGCAGGGGAUGCCAGGAGACAGAGGUCCAGCAGGAGAGGGCAAAGAGGGCCCAUCGGGUCCUCCAGGAAAAGACGGAGCGCCGGGGCCCGCGGGUUUAAGAGGCCUUCCAGGAGUCGCAGGUCCUCAGGGCCCAGCAGGACACAAUGGUCUACCAGGAAGACCAGGAGAGAAGGGAUCACCAGGAGAGCCUGGAAAGGCUGCCGACCUCUCAGACCUGGACCUGAAGGAUGUUUGCUCAGACUGUCCUGCCGGCCCACCUGGACCACCGGGACUGCCAGGAAUACCGGGAGAUAAAGGACAGCAGGGACCCCCUGGGAAAAAUGGACAAGAUGGAUACCAGGGUCCAACUGGACUGCCUGGUGCUCAAGGACCCCCUGGAGCUGAUGGAGCAAAGGGCAUAAAAGGUGAUCGAGGACCUGCAGGAAACCCUGGAGACAAAGGCGAGAAGGGUCACCCAGGACCUCCUGGUCAUCCAGGCCCUCCUGGGAUUUUGGGAACUCCUGGUAACGAUGGACCGCCUGGCCCAACAGGACCCCCAGGGCCCCCUGGAGAAAAGGGUAAAGAGGGUCUCAAAGGAAUCCAGGGUCCUCCGGGUCUUCCUGGUUUGAUAGGUCAACCUGGAAAAAUGGGAAAAGAUGGCAGACCAGGAGAACCUGGAGAACCUGGUAAACAAGGGGAACCAGGACCUCCAGGAAACCCUGGACUCAGAGGACUUCCUGGAUUCAAAGGCCACAGAGGAGAAGCUGGAGCUCCAGGACCUAAGGGAGAAGACGGAAAGCCUGGAUCAGCUGGGCGUGACGGCAAACCUGGCAAAGAGGGUCCCAAAGGACCUCCAGGCCCAGAGGGACUUCUCGGUCCAAGAGGAGAACCAGGGAAACCAGGAGAACCUGGACCGUCUGGAAAAGCAGGCAUUCCUGGAGCUCCAGGUCUCAGGGGAGAUAAGGGAGAAGCUGGCAACCCUGGAUUACCGGGUUUCAGUGGGCCCAAAGGUCCUGCGGGCCCACCUGGUCCAUUUGGUCCAGAGGGAAAACAAGGAAUGCCGGGCAGAGCUGGUGACCGCGGCCUGAAAGGUGACAAGGGAGACCCAGGCACCAAAGGGGACAAAGGGCAAUCUGGAGAUCCAGGUAUACCUGGUAAUCCUGGCCCCCCAGGCAGAAAAGGCCACACAGGGAUGAUGGGCAUGUCAGGACCACCAGGGGAAAUUGGACCCCCCGGACCACAGGGAACUUCAGGAAACCCUGGUCUCCCAGGUCCCAGGGGGGAGUCUGUGUCACUGGAGGAGAUGAGGAGGCUCAUUCAGGAGGAGCUGGCAAAACAAUUAGAUGCCAAACUGGCUUAUCUCAUGAGUCAGAUUCAGCCAGCUCAUGUCAAGAGUGUAGCGGGUCGUCCUGGACCCCCAGGCCUUCCAGGGAAGGAUGGCAGCCCUGGACGCCAGGGUCCUGCUGGAGAACCAGGCAUGCCCGGACAGAAUGGAGGAGAAGGACCCAGAGGCCCCAUGGGCCCUAAAGGUGAAAAAGGAGCAAAGGGUGAAAAGGGAGAACCUGGUGUUGGUGACAGAGGGGAGCCCGGCCCUGUUGGUCCUAUAGGACCAGCUGGUUUGCCCGGUUAUGGAAAAGAUGGAAGCCCGGGACAAGCUGGAGCUCAGGGAGAGCCAGGAAACCCUGGCCCCCACGGCCAACCUGGUCCUCCGGGCCCUCCCGGUCAGUGUGAUCCCUCCCAGUGUGCCUACUACGCCAGCCUGGCACAAAGACCCCACACCAAGAAUGUGAAGGGGAAAUAAGACUUUAUGGACAGUCUGAACCAAAGAUCUCAUCAUAUCCAACCCCAGCGUGGAGAACUGGAUGAACCGGUGCUGCGGUCAGACUCUUAUUUUUGUUUUGUGGUGCCAAACUUGGGUUGGAUGGGGUUUAAUCUACAUGGUACAUUUCUCAGAUAUCGGUGCGCAGAGGGCAGCUAUGCAGCUUUCCCCCUUACCUGCAUGCUUCCUGGACAGGGAGAUCUUUUGAAUGUCACAGUCCUUUCAGCAUUUCCCCGCCUGCCCCCCCCCCACACACACACGCUGCGCCGCUCAGUCAAACUCAAGUAAGGAGAUCUUCUGCUGUUCUGAUGAUGAUCGCCGCAUUAUCUGCAUUACUGCUGAGGACUAACAAGGAAACAGACGGAGUGAGGAAACACAAGCAGCGACUCUGUGGGGGAGGAGUGUUGAUCAGUCAGUGUGGAAAGUGAUGAAGGCCCACAUUUGUACACGUCUUCCUCCAAAGCCUCCAAUGCUGUCCUCUGCAGAAAGACAGGAGCUGAUCCCAACUUUCUUUUUUUUAUGAAAAAAAAAACUUACGUUUAGACAUAAAUGAAACAGACUUUUUCCAUCAUUAAAACCAAAGUACAAGAAGACCAUUGGCACCAUAAACCAUAACGUUUGAUACAGGAUGGAAAGUCCUGUUCAGAUUUUAUUUUCAUGAGAUAACUGUUGGGUCAACAGCAUCCACACCUCAGUUUAAACAUGUGUCUGACUGCUCACUUCCUCUACAAACUGUCCCGUCAGAUUUUGUAUUUUCUCCUUGCUGAUGAUCAUACAUGGUUGCAAUUUUCAGAAAAAUUUUCGGUCCCCCUGAACCGAAAACCCUCCCAAUGUCUUCAGCAGCAAUUCAGCGUCCUCUAUUGACAGGAGCCUUGCAGUCCUUUCACUUUCCAGAGAGUUUUCAUCUCUAUAUGAGCUGAACCUUAACACACAGCAAGACUAAAGAAUUCCCAAACAACUCUGAUUCUUCAGGCUGAUGAAAAACGGAUCAACAUUCAAGUCUCAGCUGAGAACAAACAGAAACAUUACUUAUUGACAAAGAAUCUGGUGAAUCUAAAAAUUACGACUAUUUCGGCAUUCAGGCAGCAUUUCUGCACCUAAUGGGGAGGGUCAGUCAUUCACAGCACGCGUGACAGAAGCGGAUAAUGAUGACUCAGAAAAACAUUUGACAUUCAGUCAAAGUGGCCUCAGGUCCAGGUUUUAGACAGAAACAUGAAUAGCUGCACCAGGACGCAUGAAACACAACUCUGCCUUUGGUUCUCCUGUAUUUAACGGUAGACUGAAAUGCGUGCGACACGUUCUACACCUCUAUUAUUCGAAUGUUUCUAUCAAAUAUAUCAUCAGCAUUUAUCCCAAAAAUGCUGUUUUUAUCCAUGUUGACAAAUGUGGAAAACCACUGAGACACUUUAGUGAUGCAAAGAAAACUCCUGACAUGCAGAACAUUUCCUCAUGAAUCAUUGUUCUUACAGGAGAGCUCGAAUGUCUGACACUUCGUUCACACUGCCCAAGGCAAAGCACGUUACGUGAUCACUUCCAAUGAAAGGUCUAUGUAAACAUAGACGCUCAAAACUCUCCCAGUCACAUGUCACUACUUUAUACUACCGCUUUCGAGCUCUACAUACAAAAUGUGUAGCCAUUGAAUCAGAAAGUUCAACUGGAAGGUUAAACCAGUUGAACUUUGACCAAUCAGUCCUUCAGCCUUGGUAGUGAUGUAUAGAUGCCGUCCCUUUUGAUUCACAGAAGUACCAACCGUUUGAAAAUUGAUCAUCCAUCCAUCCAAUUUCUUAACCCACUUUAUCACUUUCGGGGUCACAGGGUUGCUGGAGCCUGUCCUGGCUGCUGCUGGGCGAGUGUGGGGGCACACCUAAGACGAGCUGCCAGUCUGUCACAGGCCAGACAAUCACCCAAACACACAUCCACACCUAGGGACACUUUACAUUAACCAAUGAACCUAUGAAGCAGAUAUUUGGACAGUGGGAGGAAGCCAGAGAAAACCUGUGCAUGCCUGGGGAGAACACACAAACUCCAUACUGAAGGCCUCAACUGGGAUUUGAACCAGGGCCUUCUCAAGAGCGCUAACCACUGCGUGUCAACUGCCCGGUAUGACCAUGGCUCCAAGCUCCCUCCAUCCCAAACAAGUACACCCCUCUUUUCGUUUACUUGCCCCUCUGACUAAUUAGGCUAGCUUUUAGCAUCUUUAGCAAAUGUUUUUGUUUUUUUUAGAGACAUUUGAUUCCACCGAAUGUAUCUAGCUUGAAAAUCCAGGGUCUCUGUUUUUUCUUUUUUCUUGUGGUUCUUACAGUAACUGACCUUCCAGGAUGCUGAUAUGAAUGGCUUUGCAAAACUUUGAUUUAAAUCUAUAAAGGCUGUUAUGUUCAUGCUAAAUUAUUUACAGUUUCAACUAAAUCCUUUGUUUUGACACAUUUAGUGAAGUUUAUCUUUGUUGUCGGCUCCCUCCCCAUUUUCCAAAUAAGUUGGUGCUAAGAUAUUUUAAAGGUAGCCUGAUGUAAUUAUUGGAACAAAAUCUGUACUGUAUAAUAAAAACUGGAAGGGUUCAUUUUGUAA